UUAUUGGUGCAUUCCUCACACUGACGUUGCUCUGUAGCGGUUGUGCAACAAACGGACUAGAACAAUGAACAGAUAAUUACAUUUUAAGGAUGACUGGCACCGCAGGAGGUAUCUUCCAAGUUGGCUGGACUAUAUAAAGGCUUCCUCCCUGAUCCUAUUAUUACCUCAACUGGAAAUGACAGUGAAAGUUAAGGGACAGUCUUUCCCUAUUGCAACAGGAUGCGCUGCAGUUUAAUCUUAGCUGUCUUCCUGCUCUGGGCCACAUCAAGCUUACAAACUCCUGGUCUGCCCUGCCUGUGUUCAGCUCUCCUGCCUGCAGGUCUGCAGGUCAACUGCAGCUCAUUAAACCUGCUGGAGCUGCCUGUUCUGCCCUCAGACACCACAGAGCUCCAUGUUCAGGACAACAGGCUCACCUCAGUGUCUCCGGGCCAUUUUGACAGACUGGUUGCUCUGAAAAAGGUCUCACUAUCAGGAAACCCCUUCCACUGUGAUUGUAGGAUCCAAUACUUGAGGAGCUGGUUGCUGACGAACAGGGCCCUUGUCUUUAAAGAGCCAAUCUGUGCCAGCCCAGACUCUGUGGCUCAGAAAGCCAUCACUGAACUCAGCGAUGAUUACUUCUCCUCCUGUGCGCUGGCAGUCUGUACUGAUGGGACUUAUAACUAUGUGAUAGGAGUGAUGCUAUGCUUCGUUCUCUUUCUGCUUUUGUGGAGCUUGAGACUAGCCAAAAGUUCCACCUUCACACUGCACAUGUAUGAGAAACAGUUAGGAUUGGAGGCCGGCUCUUUGCGCUCACUGAAGCCUAAAUACAGGAGGAGGCUGCACAUUGUAACGCCGGAGGUCACUGUGGAUUCUCUCAUUUGUGCGGAGGAACUACAAAAGCCACUCAUCAACAUGGAGUUACUGCCACAAGUACUGGAUGUGUUGCACAAGAAGCACAAUAUAAAGAUGAAGGCUACCUGAGGGAUCUACUAUAAUGGAAUUAGUGAAACACUAGAGUGUAGAGUUGACAGCAGCACAACGACUGUCACUGUUUGUUGCAAUAAAGUUGUUUUAAAGCUGAACGGCAACAGCUUUUUCACCUGA